UCGGGCAGAACUGAUUAUAUAUCAAUAUCCCCCCAAUUAUCGUUCUAGUUACUCCCCCUGUAUGUCACUCUAAUUUCAUUUGUCUAUUCUUCAGAAGGAAGCAAAGGUUUAUUAGAGAAUAAAACAUCAUAGGCAGUAAUGAAAGUUGUCUUCACAACAUGACAAUUUUACUUGGAGUUUAUGACAUCAUGCUCACUUUAAAUUACUUACAAUUACUUUCUAACCAUUCAGCAUCACAAAGGUGGUUAGAUUGUGAUAAUUGUGUUGUUUAUUGGUAAAAUGUUAGAUGCUUCUCAGCGAUCAAUCAAAUCAGUGAGUCACUAAGAUGCAUUCAUUCUCUGGAUCAGAUCAGUUUAAUUCUUAAACCCAAACAUACUAGCUGACUGCUGUUAAUACCUGUACUUUCUUUUAUUUUGAGUUUGAUUAAGGGGAGAGAGAUUCAGAUUUGGAGGAGAUUUUGUGAGAAAAGAAUCUGAUAUUUACCACCUGCUCACCAGAACGGCAGGACCUUAAUAGUCUGCUCCACCAUAAGUGCGCCUCCUAUCCUGUCUAUAUCAUGAAAAAGGGGUUCCUGAAUCCUGAGAAAGAUUCUUCAUGAUUUGUGAAGAAUACAUCUCACAUGAACGUAUAGAGUUACUCCUUGCUCCUGAUCUUAACCAACGUUAAUAUCUUUGCUCUUUGGGAGAAUGUUUGACGUAUCUAUCCUAAUUGAAAAUUCAACUUUCUAGAAACACACACGCAUUUUUUAAAUUAUUUUUGUCGUUCAAGCAGGAUAUAAUACUUCAUGGCUCAGUUUUUAUCUGUUUUCUUCAUGUGGGAAAAUAGAAAUUGAAAAUCUGUGAAUCGUCACUCUUUCAUCAUGGUGGAUCUGGUACGGCCAAAGAAGAGAAGAUAUUUUACCAAAUGCAAGUUGGAUGAGUUGUUUGAUUUACUGAAAAAGUUUUGCUGUAGUGAAGAUUGUCUUCUUUCAAAGACACAUUCAAGUGUUAACUACGAGAUCAUCUCAUUGGCAUUCGGUGAUUGGUUCACACAGAUGUUACCUAACGAGACUGAAGAUUUAGACUCGCACAAAGACAUGGGAAAGAUGGUAAAGGCUUGUGUAAUUUUCCAAAACAAUUUCGAGAACGUCUCAAAACGUCAAAAGAUAUCUGAUGAUCUUGAAGAUAUGGAGCAAAAUGCUGGCUCUGCGGAAGAUUUGGUUUUCACUCAAAGUUUGAGUCAUGAACAACUACAGAAUAACCGAGAAGUUUUGGCUCGUCGGCUACAGCUUCGUAGGCCACGAGAAGAGCUGGUUAAUCAAGGAAUUAUGCCAGCCGUGUCUGCAGGGCCUAUUAUCCUGCAACAGAAGUCGAGACUAGAGAGGGCUAGGAAAAGCGAUAUUUUGCAACGAAAGAUUCGUGUGCGACCCGAAAGAAGUCAAUUAAUACAACGCCAUAUUCUUGAAGAUUCCAAUGCUGAUCCAUCAAUACAAGCUCGUCAAAUAUGUUUGAAGCGUAAGAAGCUACAAGAUGACCUCAAUGAGCGGCUGCUUAUGCGUCCUGGCCCCUUGGAACUGGUUAAUAAGAAUAUCCUGGAACCUGAUUCAUUUGUGAAGCAUGCAAUUAAAGAAGGGGCAGUUGAAUAUUCAGACACCACAGAUUCAACCCACAUCAUCAAUGCACUAUCCCCACCAGAGUCCUUCAAUGAGGAUUCACCUCAACCAUCCCCAGAUAACACCUCAAGCAUUGGUUCACCUCCAGAGUUGUCACCCUCACCUGUGUUUACCACUCCACCUAAGGUUAUCUCAGGUGACCUGCCUUUCAAAGCCUAUCCACAAAUGCAAAGCACUCAUUCACACAUGAAGCUCAAAGAUACCAAGAGAAAGAAAGUAUCUAAAGCUAAGUUUAAGAAAUAUAAAUAUCAUGAAUAUCGUCCACCAAAUAUUGAGACCAGCAGCAGCUCUAAAAGUGAUACAACUCUUCCAUCUGACUCGCCGUAUGCAUUACUGUUGCAACAGCAGCAGCUGUAUCUACAGCUUCAGGUGCUAUGUCAGAAUUAUCCACAGACAUUCUUACCACUUUUACCAGCUGUGCAGAAAAGCAGCCCGGCUGAUAAUGCACCUGUGGAUAAACCAAUGAAAUUGGAAGAAAUGCGAGUUAUUGAUUUACGGAAUGAAUUAAAAAGCAGAGGGUUGCCUGUGUCUGGUUCCAAGAAUAAUCUAAUGGAACGACUAAAGCACGCAAAUGCGACACAAAGAUCAGGUGAUUCAACUACCAUAACAAGCGCUGUUACAACUGUAACACAAACCACGCCUGUACCAGUUGCACCAAGAACUGCUUUAACCAGGUCUACCUCGGCACCAAGUGGAGUUGCUCUGGUUAAUUCGAUAAGACCUGGUAAAAUAUUGAAUGAUGCAGAAAAGUUAUUACAAAUGGAACAAAAUAUCAGUGUUGAGGAAAUCCAACAAAAAAUUCAGCAAUUGCAAUAUCUUAAUCUACAGUUACAGCUACAGCAGUUAGAUCUGAAGAAAAGUCAACAAGGUAAGCAGCUGCAACCUAAACCAGCAUCUGCUGAUAAUAAAAAUCAGAUGACAGCAUUGCUUCCUAACCAACAACCCUUACAUCACCCAACCUUGCCUCAGAGCUCUCCUUUACCAAGACAGCAGCUGCCACCUCAGCAAAACCAACAACAGUCAAUACAGUUACAGAAGAAACAAUUGGAACAACAUUUGCAGCAACUUAAGCAAAUGCAACAACAAAAUCAGCAACAAAACCAACAAUUGCAGCAGAAGCAACAACAAGAGCAAACACAGUUGCAGCAACAACAACAAUUACAACAACAACAGUUGAAGCAUCAACAGUUUCAACAGCAGCAGAAAAUACCGCAGUCUAGUCACCAACAGCAACAGCUUUAUAAUCAACUAACAGUAUCCCAAGGAUCUGGUACUCCUCUGCAAGCGCACACUGAAUCAAGUGAACCUGAGAUCCCGUCAAGUAAUGGUACAACAUUACCACCUCCUCAACAGUGCCAGGUGUCUGUGUCAGCAACACCAUUGCUACAUUGUUCAGCAUUGACCUGCAACAAAAACUGCAACCAUGGACAACAAACAACAACACCACAAAGUAUCUUUAACUCUGUACAACAACAUAAUGUGAUUCACUUUAAACAGCCUGUGAAACCUGUGAUUAUUUUACAACCUCCAAAACUUCAACAAAAGGCAGAACUUUUAUUCAGCCCACCAGAUCAGCAGCUUACACCAGAGGGUGAUGCAUUCUUUCAACAGUUAAACAAAACUGAUGGAAGCUUGCAUGGUGAGAUAAAUAUGGACCAUGAAACCAACUGGCAGGCAAUCAUUGAUGGUGAUUCUCGCUCUCCUACAAGCUCACCAACCUCACUGGAGAGGUCUCCACCACCAUAUUUCGAGGCAGUUGCUGGGAAAUUAAGUCCUCGAAGCUCAAGUUUUUCAAAUAGUAAUAAUAAUAGUUUACUUAAGACGCAUCAAAGAACAAACAGCGUUGGUAGCACCUCGCCUCUGGCACACCGCAGAUCCUUGUCUGUUCCGUCAGUAAACCAUGGUCCACCACAUGAACUUCAAAAAGGACAUAAAUCUGUUUCCUCAAUAUGUCUUGAUUUUCCUGAAACUGAAGAAAUGUCGGAAAUGGCAGAUAAUUAUCAUGGCAUAACGCAAGAGUUACAAAAGGCAAUGAUUAUCGAGUCUCAGAAUAGUAUGGACAAUCGUAAUGCUGAAUUGCUUGAGAUUCUUGGAGAUUCGUUAUUUCCUCCAAACACGGCAACUGACAGCGGGCUUACUUCAAGUACUCCAAACUUGAACAAUUAUUCUUCGUUUCCUUGUGGAGGAACAACUUACAACAGUUCAUCUCCAAAAUCCCCAAGAUCACCAACAACUAACCUUCCUACUUAUCAAGAGGCUUUGCAGAACAGUAUUUGUGUACAAAGUCCUACUCCAGGCAACGCCUUCAACAAUAAUGAACUGUUAAAUGGUUAUCAUGAACCAAUCCCACAACGUAAAAUAUCUUCACCAAAUGUUGAGGAUAGUCUUUUAACGAGUCCUGGAUCUCCUAUGAGGGUAGACAGUGAUGAUGUUGGAUUACUACAGAGGAGUGUACUGGAUGCUAAUGGAUACAGAAGAGAUAGUUUUGAAAAUUUUAGAACACAAAAUGUGCAGGACAGUUCAAUAUAUCACGUAAAUCCAAGUGAUAUAUUUGGUAAUCCUAGGGAGGCGCGCUUGAUCAAGCAAGAAGAUACAACGCUACCUUUUCUAGAUAUGGAAACUACAGAGUUUGCAGAGAGUAUGGACUUUGGUAUCACUGGAGAUUCUGGGAUUCUAAGUGGUAUAACAUUUAGUCAAUAGCGAUUAUAUAUUUUUGUACAGUUCUAUAUAUCAUAUCUAAAUUAGGAUAAUUUACGCUCUGCGGGAUAUAUGAAAACAUUCUUACCUAAUGGUUGCUUUUAUUGCGAGGGGUUUCUUCAUAAGAAGAACAGAGUGUUUUCAAGGAAGAUAAAUAGUUUUAAGGGCUUAAAAGAAAGUUAAAAGACAUCAAUAUCCUAACUUUAUAAUGAAAACGACACAAUUCCAUAUUGGUCCUGUGCUAUGUAUAAUAAUUGCAUUUGGACGACUGAGAAUUUCAAACGUGUAUUAUAAAUAAUGUUGCUAUAGUUAUGAUAAGAUAAAUGUUGUAAUAUUGUCC